UUCAUUGUAGAAAUCAAAGGAUUCAUCGAACGGUUCCGAUUUCCAGGCUACGAAUUCGAAGCCUUGCGGAGACGGGUGAAGAGCACGCGCCUCCGUUGUUACCUCAAGAGGCUUCGAACAAUCAAUCAAUUGUUGCACAAUCUCAUCUGGGUAAAGAAAAAAUUCAUAGCACUAAACAAAGGUGCCGUAUUUCGAGGCCGUCUUUUUUUCCGAUGACAGAUGUCUCGAUCUCCCUCCCCGCCAAACGCAAGCGUGGCCGCCCCCGUAAAGACAACCAUCUCUACAGAGAAGGCGGUACCACCUCAACAAACUCACCCAAACACCCUACUCAAGAAUUCGACAAAAAAUCCCAAAAUGCCCCUGUCGUAGACGACACCUUGGUCGGGUCCACUGUCCACGGAGUUAUAGACGGUUCGUUCGACGCGGGGUAUCUAAUAUCCGUCAGAAUCGGAAACAACGAGACAGCUUUCCGAGGAGUUGUUUUUCAGCCACGAAAAUUCGUUCCGAUUACAUCAGCAAAUGACGUGGCACCACAAGCGAAAAUGUACCAAAGAAGAGAGAUUAAUAAUGAUAUUAACAUCACCGGCACAUUUAGUCCUCAACCGGAAAAUCCAGUUUUCCGGCCAGUGCUGCCGCCACUCUCAGCCACCACCGCCACAACCACCACCCCAUCAUACCCUUCGAGCAACAAUAAUAUUAAUACUCAUUCGAACUUUCUCCAUAAUAACAAACAACAACAGCCUCCGUUUCUCCACUCGACCGGAAAUCUAAGAAUGGUGGAAGAGGAUGACGUGAUGCAAGCGUUCGAGGUUUCGACAUCAUCGAAAGCCAUGUCGAAGAAUAUUCCAGAAUCUUUAUUCAAAGGUGGUAACGAAAUGAUCGAUAAAGUCGGCCCGAAUUUAGAACAACUCCACCACAACUUCAUGGAGGAUAUGCCUCGGUGCGCGUUCGAAAUCCAGCGAGACGAAAUGGUUUGCCCUGAAAAUUACCAUCAAAAUCUUUUGACCAAUCAUCAUCAUCAUCAUCAUCAAACUCAAAAUCCCGAUAAAUUGUUUCUUACGAGCGAUCAUUUGAAGUUGGAUCUGUCUAAUUCUUCCCUGCAUGAAAAGAAACCAGAACAAUUACAGCUUCUUGAGACAAAUUAUUUGGGGCUAAACGGGCUAAAAAGCCCGAAUCUUGGGUACCAGCAAGCGUUGGUAGCGGGUAAUCCUCUGUUGUUGCCCCCAGCGUUUAUCGGUGAGCCUGCGUUGGAUUUUAUGCUGGGGAAGACUACUAAUAAGUCACCUACAAACAGUAGGACUAAUUUGGAGGUGGAAUCCAGUGGCGGUGCGGGUGUUGGUGCAGGUGCACCGUAUGAUUUGGAGCUGGCUACUCCACAGUCGAAUGUGAACGCGAGGACCGCAAAUGCGAAUCAGACGAAUUCUUCUGCUGCGUGUAUUAACGAUAUGGAUUUUGAUCUGAGUGACGUUGUUCAACCUACUGAAUCGCAUGGCCGACAGAGCUACUUAUCGGAAACCGAGCAUAGAUGAUGUAAGCCCUAGAAAAUAAACGUUCCAUGUUUCGAGUGAAGUUGAUAAAGAUUAUUUACCAGAGAAAAUACUAUUAUAUGAUUGAGUUUCUGCCUUUUGAGUUAACAUCUAUUUUCUUGCAAUGUUUUAUUUUCU